AUGGGUAACGUAGCAAGCAACAUGAAAACACCAAGCACACGUCUUGAGAAAGAAAUCGCCGUACUCAAAGCUACUACUAAACUUAGUGAAAAGCAAAUACGAGAAAUGUAUGAAGAAUUCGAUCAAGAGGCUGAAUCAGGCACAGGCAGGAUGAACAAACGUCAAUUUAGUAAAUUUUACAAGCACGUUACAGGAUUCGAAGAUAAGAAUGGUAGUUUAGCUGAUAAGGCAUUUGCUGUAUUUGACAUUAAUGAUAGUGGAUCAAUUGAUUUUAGUGAAUUUGUAUUGGCUUCUACGGUCGGCUAUAAGAUUGAUUUGGAUAGUCAGCUUGAACUUGCGUUCUCACUGUAA